GGCGCUGCUGAGCUGAAGGAUGUCGGCUGCGGGCCCGGGAGAGCCGGCCGGUGGCCCCGGCAGCUUCGUGAAGCGGGUCCUGGUGACCGGCGGUGCUGGCUUCAUUGCAUCCCAUGUGAUUGUGUCCUUAGUGGAAGAUUAUCCUAACUAUAUGAUCAUAAAUUUAGACAAGCUGGAUUACUGUGCAAGCUUGAAGAAUCUUGAACCUAUUUCUAACAAGCAAAACUACAAAUUUAUACAGGGCGACAUCUGCAAUUCCCGCUUUGUGAAGCUGCUGUUUGACAUGGAGAAGAUAGACAUAGUGCUCCAUUUCGCUGCACAGACACAUGUAGAUCUUUCAUUUGUCCGUGCCUUUGAGUUCACAUACGUCAAUGUUUACGGCACUCAUGUUUUGGUAAAUACUGCUUAUGAAGCCAGAGUGGAGAAAUUUAUUUACGUCAGCACAGAUGAAGUGUAUGGAGGCAGUCUUGAUCAGGAGUUCGACGAAUCUUCACCCAAACAACCUACAAACCCUUAUGCUUCAUCUAAAGCAGCCGCUGAGUGUUUUGUGCAGUCUUAUUGGGAACGAUACAAGUUCCCAGUCGUCAUCACCAGAAGCAGUAACGUCUAUGGACCACAUCAGUAUCCAGAAAAGGUUAUUCCAAAAUUUAUAUCUUUGCUCCAACACGACAGGAAAUGCUGUAUUCAUGGAUCAGGGCUUCAGAGAAGAAACUUCCUUUAUGCUGCGGAUGUAGCAGAAGCGUUUCUCACUGUCCUCAGGAAGGGAGAACCAGGCGAAAUUUAUAACAUCGGGACCAGCUUUGAAAUGUCAGUUGUCCAGCUUGCGAAAGAACUAAUCCAGCUGAUCAAAGAGACCAGUUCAGAGUCGGAGACGGACCGGUGGGUGCACUACGUUAACGACAGACCUCACAAUGACAUGAGAUAUCCAAUGAAGUCCGACAAGAUUCGCAGCUUAGGAUGGAAGCCCAGAGUGCCUUGGGAAGAAGGAAUAAAGAAAACAGUUGCGUGGUACCGGGAGAAUUUCCACAACUGGAAGAACGCAGAAAAGGCUUUAGAGCCAUUCCCAGUUCAGCCUCCAUUUCUGUAACUGCAGAGAAGAGGACGCUGAUCUACCUCAGCCAGUGACAGGACCAAGCGCCCAGACGCGACCUCUCACCUGCAGGACAAGGCUGCCCUCAGUGCUGGGCUCCUGCAAAGUUGGCAGGGGUUUCAUGCUGGUGCAGGACUGGGGAGAUUCCCUUGGCCGGCUCUCCGGAAGUCAGCCCUCCCGGAAGUGAGUCAGGACAGAGCUGGGGCCCUGAGAGCAAGGGCAGGCGGCGUGGGUCGGUGGCCGAGUGGGCAGCUCUAGGCCUUCCAGCUCCCACCCUCCCCAGCACACGCAGUCUUAGACUUUAGGUCCUGCCUGUAUUUUUUAAGGUCUGAUAAUGUGAAGAUGGAGCAAAAUGAAAGGCUUUCUAGCACUUUUAAACUUGAUAUUUUGUAAAAUUAAGUUAAAUGGUUUUUAAAGGUACAAUGUAACUCCUCACAUUUUUGCAAUCAGUUGUUGAUUAUAUAUAACCUGUAUCAGAGAACUCUUAUCAUUUAUUUACUGUUUACAAUUGCUUUAUAAAAGUCUAUAUAUUUUAAUAUAUUAAA